CCGCAACCUUACCCUACCGCUCUCUACCAUGCCUCCCAGGACAUCUGCCAUGGAUAGAAUCACGUCCAUGCUGUCGCGUUACGCGCUUCGCCAGCCGGAUAGCUAUCCUAGCGAAUCCCCGGACGAGCACGCUGUUCCUUCACUUGCGCGCAACGACCCCCCGGUCGCCCCUCAGGCUGAAAGCAAGCUCCUCAGCAUCCCGACAGAGAUAAGGCUCUUAAUAUUCAAGAACAUGACCCUAUCACCGGCAUCACCAGACUGUCUGCGAUGGAUGGGCGCUUAUUUCACCUGUCGACAAAUUCACCAAGAAAUGCGAGAUGCGCUCAAGCCUGAACACGACCUCUCGAAGCAUCUCAGCAGCAUCCGUGACAGUUGGCCACCUGCCCAUCCGGUAUCCGCCGAUCCGGGGCCGCUUCAUCAGGUCUUCGGCCUCGUUCAAGACGUCACGGUCUGCAUGCCGAUUCCACGACCAAACCAUCACGGCUGCUUCAGCGCCAUAUUGGAAUCCGUCUACAGCCUCUGGCUGGAUCGUCUCUACAUUACCAUGACUGGCAAUGCCCGCGAUCGAGCUGUGCUCCCCUGGGGCGAUCUGAAGUCGCUCCCUCCGCGUCUUUUCGCUGAUUUUGUUGCCAAAGGCAAGGUCAAUUGCAGGAGCGUCACGUUCACCCUCCAGGAACUCGCGGACGUGGAAGGGGGAAGGGAGAUUGAGACGUCGCUUGAGACUGUGCUCGACGGAACGAACGUUUCUUGCAUACUGACUAUUGUCCAAGACAAGAGGGAGCGCCAGUCGGAGCGAACUUACUUCUCCGCAAUGAGAUUCAAGGCGCCGCCAUCCGCCGGUACGUCUUCGAUGUCAGCCGCGGGACAGUAUUAGGCUGGUGGAUUUCGCAACUUAGGAAGGAGCGGUGUAGCGGUCGGGCGAUGGUGUUCAUGGCUUUUUCGGUUGCCGGUUUAUGUCUACAGCUUGAGCCCUCAUGAGCCCUUCGCGGUUUGAUCUAGCUUUCAGCUAGAGUUGGGGAUCUAACCAUGUCUUCUGAAUGCGG